AAUUUGUCUAUAUGGGUUUUAGGAUGCUUAAUUUAAGACUGCGUAACAAGGCCUUUAUUUACGUAGUGUGAUAAUUUUUCCCGUGGUGAGUAUCCGAAUAUAAUAUUAACGUCAAACUUUAAUCAGGUCAGAUUGUGAUUCUGAUUCGUUCAGUCUGUCAAAAUAAACUUUUGAGAAGGUUGUGUGUGAUUCGUAUUUUGAAGAGCUAAAAGAUUUUUAUCAUUGAAACCAUUAACAUGCGCAUAGUUUGUCGUCAAAUCUCAAGGCUACCGACGUCUUAUCUAUUCUAAACAACAUCUUGUACAUCAGUACAAUCACAUAGUUGAUAUCAUUAUAAAAAAUAGUUUUUAGCGCAAUAUGAGAAAUAUUUCAACAUGUUUUAUUGAGAAAUAAUUUUUGGUGAUUUUACGCAUAGCGAAUAUAUUAAAGAAAAGAUUUUUUCCAAAAUGUUUAACGGUGUAAUAGAUAGAUAUAACGGUGUAACAAUAGAUUCACAGAAAGAGCCUUGUGAUCCCAGUUUAUUACCAAACCAGUUAAUAGACUCUCUCAGACAAUGGGCUGAAGAAGGGAAGAGAUGCAUAUGGUUCAAAGUCAAUAUAAAGGAUGCUGCAUGGGUGCCAAUACUAGCCAAUGAAGGCUUUAACUUCCAUCAUGCCAGAGAUGAUUUUGUGAUGAUGUACAAGUGGUUACCAACAGAUUGUUCUCAUAACUUGCCUCCAACCUGUCACACAAACCUCGGAGUAGGUGGCAUGGUGUUCAAUGACAAAAAUCAAAUAUUGGUUGUAAAAGAAAAAUCCAUUGAUUACCCUCACUGGAAACUUCCUGGAGGUUAUGUUGAAAGGAAUGAAGAUAUAAAAGAUGCUGCCAUGAGAGAAGUAUGGGAAGAAACUGGAAUAAAAACAACCUUUGACUCCAUGAUAACAUUAAGGCAUUCACACAGAUCCAUGUUUGGUAACUCUGAUAUUUAUGUUGUAGUUAAGCUUCAAGCUAAAACAUCAGAAAUAACUAAAUCUGAUGUAGAAAUACAAGCAUGUCAGUGGAUGGAUGUGGAGGAAUUCUUAAAUCAUCCCCAUGUUCAUGAAUUCAAUCGUUUUUUGGUGAAACAAGCCUUGGACUUGGAACAAAGGAAAAUUAAAUUAGGUCUAGAUCAGCAGACAAUAACAUUUGCAAAACUUUCACGAGAUGUAACCAACCUUGUAAUUGAAGAUUUAUAAAUUAUUAUGUGAAGUAUCUAUGUACAGGUAUAUUUCGGCAUAAGAGUCACAGUGAGGCCGAUAACGAAAUUUCGAUUUUCUCGGUAGGCAGGUAGAGUUGAGGUCACACACACAACCAAAUGUAAAGACGGCCUCAUUUUGAAAUGAAUGUUUAAUUUUUUCGUGCCAAUAGAAAGUCAAACAGCUAACUUCUAUACCUAUUUAUAUUAUUUAUACAUUGUCGUAUAUAUUACGUAUAAUAAUUUCUAUUCAACUAUUGUGUGCCUGACGACUAACAGACAACUGAGAAUUCACAAUGCAUUAUUAACCAAAGUGCUUUUUUAUUAUACCUAUAGCUAGCUGGUAGGUAUUGGGUAAAACUAUAGGUAUAAAAUACUGCCAUAUGUAAUUAUGCACCUAUACAAAAAAUAUUGAUAUUAGUAAACAUUUUGCAAUAAUUAAGAGUAUAAAAAACAGAAACUGUAAGGAACUGGGGAAAAACAUGAUCACAAUGCGUUGUGGUGGGUUAUCUUGUAUGAAUAAGUAGUAGGUGUGUCAUAUAAUUAGUCACCAAAAUGAUAUAAAUAUUACUAUAUUUAUUUCUGUACCUAUUGUAGUCGUAUUGACACACACAUGCAUGUGAUAAUAGUAGUACAGUAAGCUGCAAAGAUAAGUGACCCCCUGUAUAAUGCUCGGACAACAAUGAACCACCUUUAACCUAAAGGCUAAUAAACAUAAAAAAUAUAUAUAUAUACAGGGCGUCCCAAGACUAUGGGACAUCAAGGGAAAGUACCUUAAAUAUCGUAGAUAGGAUAUUUUGCUGAAAGAAGACUUUAUUUUAUUUUCAAAAGUAAGUAAUAUUGCAUUCAAAGAAUUUCUAAAAAAAAUUGAAAAUUGCUUACUUUUUCUGGGAAUUAAACCAAUCUUGAAAUUUUAAUAAAAAAAUUUACUCUAUUCAUUUGUUUUGCGAUAUCAUAUUUCUGAGAUGACUUAUUUUUUAUGCAUUCCUUCGAUUGGCAUCACAAAAAUACAGGCCUUUUUUUUUUCACAUUUGAGUCGGUUCGAUUUCCAGACAAAGUAACUUAUUUUUUUUUAAAUCUUUGAAUGCAGAAUUACUCACUUUUGAAAAUAAAAUAAAGUCUCCUUUUAGCAAAAUAUCCUAUGUCUUAUAUUUAAGGUACUUUCCCUUGAUGUCCCAUAGUCUUGGGACAGCCUGUAUAAAUUAUAGUUUCUAGGUCUGUAGGACUACCGCUAACAUCGAACAAUAUGAAAUAAUUAUCUGCCUCUAUCGCUCCUGCAUAUUCGAGCGAGAGAUGCAGACAGAUUUUCGAUAUUGGCGGUAGGCCCUCUGUUCGGAUAUCACCCAAGAAUUAUCUAUAGUACCUACCUAUACCAAAAAAGCUACCUGAAAAAUGUGCAGGGAAAUGGCAAUGAAUAAAAAUCUUAAAAUGAA